UCCAUCAGCAGCAACAGCAGCCAGUUUCCACUCUCAUUAAAAAAAAAAAAAACACAGUGAGAGAGAGAAACGACUUCCAGCUAUGGAGACGGAAGCAAGAGUGGUAACUGGAGAAGACGACGCUCAGUUCGCAGCUUCUACCAGCGGCGGCCCGCAGAUGAUGUUGAUCAGAGGCAAGCGGGCCAAACGGCACCGUUCCGCCUCUCCUCCUCCUCCUCCGCUGAAAUCCUCCACCUCGUCAUCCGCCGCCGCCGCCGCCACGUCGUCCGGAGAGAGUCAGAGAUCGGCGGCGACUUCUUCCGGUUACGAGAGCAGUACCGAGGAGGAAGAGGACAUGGCGAAUUGCCUGAUUCUCCUCGCUCAGGGCCGGCGGCGACACGUGCCGGAGCGGAAGAGAACCGCCGGGGAGAUUAUGGGUUCGAGGAAAUUCUCCGACAUCGCGACCACGACGAACAAGGCCGGGUUUUUUGUCUACGAGUGCAAGACUUGUAACCGCACCUUCCCUUCUUUCCAAGCGCUGGGCGGCCACCGGGCCAGCCACAAAAAGCCCAGGCCCACUCCCGGCCCGCCUGGGAUCGAGGACACAAAGGUAAUUUCCGCCAGUCCGAUUCCAGCCUUUCAGGUUGAGAUAAGCAACAGCACCGCCGUGGUGGUGGCGGUUGCGGCGGAGGAGAAUCAUCCUCGUCAAAAUUCGCCGACGCAGUCGGCCACCAAUAGCGGCAAGGCGGCGGGAAAUAAGGCCGCGAAAGUCCACGAGUGCGCGAUUUGCGGGGCGGAGUUCACCUCCGGGCAGGCGCUCGGCGGGCACAUGAGGAGGCACAGGGCGACCAACGCCGGGAACCAGACGGCGACGGCGACGGGGGUGGUGACGGCGACGGCGGCGGGUAUUGUGGACACGAGCGCCGCGGUUGAUUAUGAGGAUCUGAAUAACCAGCAGAAGAAUCAUGUGCUGUCGCUGGAUCUUAAUUUGCCGGCGCCGGAAGAUCUCGACACCCACCAGCAUCACCGUGCGGAGCAGUCUCCGUCUCCGUCCAAGUUCCAGUUCGCGUCGAAACAAUCGACGAAGGCGAUGAUGUUCUCGGCUCCGGCUUUGGUCGGGUGCCACUACUGAUCGGAAACAGGAGAGAGAAGGAAGAAGAAGAAGAAAAAAACUGGAAAUGGAAUUAAUGUGAAUUAUUAUUAUUUUUGCUUAGUUACCAUUAUUGAUUCCCGAUUUUUAUCCAGAGCUCAAUAUACAGCCUAUACUUAGAAUUCUUUCCAAUUUUUUUUUUUUUUUUUACAAUUCAUCAAUUCGGUCCAAUUCCUUCCUAGUUAUUAUUAUACAAUAAAACAAAUAUGUGCACAAAGCUUCUGUUUCUUUUUGUUGGUCUUUAAUAUGUGGAGAGUGUGUAAGCAAGUUGAAAAGGAAGGCAUUUUUCGAGCUAGUGGUUAAUAGUGCGUGUUCACGGUUUGCCUUGUUUUCACGAAAAGUGGGUGAGGGAAGACUUUAUUUUUGAGGGGUUAUCUGCAAUCAGAAGAAAAUUUUGGGGUUCCCUUAGGAAUUCUUUUCCUGCUGGAAGAGUAUUAAUUGUGUAACAAGUAAGAUUAGAUAGUAAAAUACAAGAUAAUAACACUUAACAUUAUGAAAAUGGUGGAUAAAAUAUUGUAAUUAGGAGGAUGUGGCUGGCAUCACCACCACCACAACCAAUAGUUGUAGAUUUGGUUCUUCUCCUUCUCAUACGAGUUUAGCCUCACAAGAUUACAUUUUGAUUUGCUUUUUUAUUGAAACAAGUAUUAACAUAUACUAACGUUAUUUAUGCCAAAGGGAGAUAACUAAAUUGCGCAAUGCCAAGGGAAUAAUUAUUAUGAAAGAAAGAAAUGAGAAAAAGUGGGGAAAUGCUGAGUUGGUCACUGGCACUGCCAUAUGUAUCCCACCUGUAUCUCCCAACUUUCUGUUUUCCUCCCUUUUUUUUUUCCUCCAGCAAAUUAUUGGGAUUUAUUUAUUCAAUUUUUGUAAAAUUGGAGAAAUAUAUGUGGCAGUGGGUGUACUUUGCUUUCAGUUGGGAGCUAGCUGAGCAGAAGAAGAGAGGGAGUGAGGGAGGGGAAGUGCUCUACUCAGUUGCACCUAAUUAACCAACUGGCAACUGCACCCAUCAUCUCUUCCUUUGCAAGUCACUUUUUUGCCAACUAGAGAAAAAAACAAGCAAAAGGAAAAUAAAAAUAAGGAAUGGAAUAAGAAAGAUGAAAAAAGUGACACCUUACUUCAUUAGAUCCCAUGAAUUGGGUCCAUCCAUUUAUGUUCCCAACAUAGAUACAUCUCCCACUUCUCCCUCACUCCAUCCUAAUUCUCCCACUUUGACCACACAAAUCACUCAGAGUCGCUCGUAAAAAUUCGUUACUGAAAUUUCGAGCUACGACAACACUUAAAAAAAAAGCACUCUGAUAUUUCUUUUGUGAGUUUGCAGUCCCUGUAAAAGGAACUUUUGCAAUACAAAAUAGUAUUUUAUUUCGUCAAAUAUUAUACUCAGAUUACUGUUCGAGUCAUUAUACUGUACACACGUAUCGUCUCACACAUGCGUAGAGAAAGAGAUUAGGGGAGGAGAGAAGGAGGAGAAGUAGGAAUUUGUGAAGUGCACGUUAGAGGAGAAAAAAGCAUGUGAGGGUUUACAUAUUGCGUGACAUGUCCAAAUACUAAUCUGCUCUCAAUGUCUCAUCCCCCUAAUCCUAUCUGUCCAUCUCUCUCUAUCAAAUUUUUUGUUAAACUGAAUUAAUCAAACAUCCCCACAUGUCCCCAUUCAAUCUCUACUAAUCCCAAUCUCUUCAGCUAAUCACUAAUCAAGCAUAUAGAAUUAGUCGAUCAUACCCUAAUUAGCAUUGUUAAGCACAUGUACAAUAAAUGCUGUAAGUAGUGGUGGUGACCAAAACAAUGUCUGCUAACAUCCCUAUCUCCCCCCCCCCCCCAAAAAAAAAAUCCUCAUGGCAAAAUAAAUAAAUAAAUAAAAAAGAGUUGUGUCUAAUAAAUUAAUGAUUAGGAUGUGAUGAUAGACACACACAAAAAAAAAAAAAAAAAAACAGUUGGGAGGAAGGAGUGGUGGUAGUGUUUGAGUGAAGUUGGAAUGCCUGCAAAAAAGAAGUUUUGAGAGGAUAGGCUAUUUUUCUUUUAUUUUUGGUGUGUGGAUUCAUGUUCUUGGCUGUAUUCUUCAACUAUGUGGCAAGUGGAGUGGGAUCACUGGAUAUGUCCUAUGUGAGAGUCUUCCAAAACUGCUAAACUCUCUCUUUCUCUCUCUAACUUCAAUCCACAUAUGUGUUCCAUUGGGGAAUUUUAUCCAAAACCAACUCAAUCCGGUAGUGGAGCUAUGGAUCAUAUGGUAAAUAUACACCGUAAAGCGCGGUAGAAUGAUAGAUUGUUGUGAUUCUCUUUUCAUUUACAAUAUUCCUCGCUCCGAAUUUUUCAGUUUCAACCUGGAUUGAGCAUGUAAAAUUUUCACUAAUUUGGGUUGAGUUGGUGAUAUCCUAGCUAAUCCGUUGAUCACAAGUAGUUUAUUUUGAUUAGAGAAAAGGAUAUCAAAAUGCAUCUGACGAGGUAAUCAUUCCCAACAGGAAUUUAUUAGAUCAAUGAAACUCAUAAUCUUCUCCAUAUUGAUGAAUUCGUUGCCGCGACCACGAUUGUGUUGCUUUUGCUAUAUUACAAUAAGAAAAAUUCCACUAGCCAACUAAGGAAGUAUAUAAUUGUGAUAUUCGUUUUUUAUUUCUUCUUUUUUUUCUUCUUUCUGUAUGUGAUUCUAUUGAUGUGGAAAUGCCUGCAGGUAAAGCAUGGUGUGGCUUCCUAUUCGUGGCAUGUCAUAGUCCCAAAUGCCCACUUUUGGCAUCAAACCCUACCUCGAUCGAUCUACCCCCUCAUUAUCCCAACUUCCAUUAUUUUUCUCCAAAAAAAAACUUAUAUUCCACUCACUGUAAAAAAAAAAAAAACUUAUAUUCCACUAUUUCAUUAAAAAAAACUUGUAUUCCACUAUGUUUCUUUUUUAUGGAGUAGUAAUUAACAACCGUAAUUAUAUAUCGCUUUAUCAUUUGAUCAAUAUAUCAGUUGUUUAAUAUAUUUUUUACUUAUCAAAACAUAGUUCACUCUAUGAACGUCCAUUUAACGCUUUAAGCAGAGUGUUCGUGAUAAGCGACUAACAACUGUUGUCGACGGUGGAUAUAUAUCUUGGUGAAUACGGAAAAAAAACCCCACACACCUAGUACCCAUUUUUGCAAUGUGUUUGUGGACAAUGUGUCUUAAGUUGUCCAUUUUCUCUUUGGACCUAAACAAAUCAAUGUUAAUCUCUGUGGUUCACACCCAAAUCUCGGGAUUAGGUCUAUAUAAUGAUCUUCUUCAAAGUUGAUCAAAUUAAUGUGUGCAAGUGCAAGAGUGUGUUCCCAUUACAAGCUUUUAGACUAAGAUACCGUAUCUGCCAGCCCUACAUCACGGCAUCAACAAAUAAGGCAAGAUCCAUGGCGUUGGCCUCAAAUUAACAAAAUAUUUACUUCGUAAUAGGAAAAAUACAUAGGAAAAAUAAUUGUUUUUCUUUAAUAAGUGUAUUUAGCGACAACUUAGUAGUUAGUAGUCUCCUAUUGAACAAGUCACAAAUUCAACUCCCAUCAACAAACUUUGAGAGAGAGAUCUCACAUCUAAUUAACAUAUGCAUGUAUUAUUGUUCCCAUCUAACUAAAAGGGUGCAAGUGUCCCACAUAUGUGGUUGAGAACGUGCACAUUGACAUAUGAACAAACACAUGUAACUUGAUUGUAAAUAAAAGGGGGAAAAAACAAGAAUACAUGCUUAGAGAAAAUAAAAGAAGCUUAUUUUUUGGCAAACAGAGUUGUCAUUUUAUUUGAUAGUGAUAGUGAUAUCAUGUAUUUACAAUAGCGAAGCAGUCAGCGUCUAAAAUCAAACGCAUAAAUAAAUAAAAAACGUUUGCAAGACCUUUUAUGUCUUAAGAUGGACAGUUCGAUUUACAUAUUGGUGUGCAAAAUUAAAGCGUAUGGAAAAAC